AGCUUCCACGCCGUAGUCGUCGUCGUCUUCGUCCUCUUCCUCCUCGUCUCCUCUCUCCCCAAAAUGAGCUGAGUCGAACAUCUUUUUUUUUCUUUUUUUUUUUAAAAUCAAAUCCCAAUCCCCUCAAUUGUUGCCCUAUUUUAAUCCCAUCCCCCCCUUAAGCGACCAAGCUUUGUGUAAUCCUAAAUUAAUCCAUAAAAUUAACCCCAAAAAAAUCGUACCAUACGCGUGCGCGGCGUCGUAUUCGACCCCCCGUGGGGCUUAAUCGGCGCCGAAUUUGAUCUCCCAACACUUCCGCUGUUCCGUAGAUAGGAGGAGGACGAGGUGGGGCGCAACAAGGCGCCGACUUUUUUCGUGCGCUUUUUUGCCCUAAUUCGACGUUGCUUGUUAGGUAUGCAAUUAUCUAUGUGCGCCUUCUUUCCCCUUUUUGCUUGACGAAUCUGUGUACGCUUCAUGAGCUUCGCUGUUGUUUGCGCCAAUUUGAUUUGGGUUGCGAUCGAUUUGAUUCGGUUUUUUGGCGAGAGUCCCGUGUUUUGAUCCUUAAAGGCGUCGCCUUUUUGCUAACCGUGGGCGGAAACGGGAGAAUUUGGUUUAAUUUCGAAGCUGUUUGGGUUAAUUUUGAUGGGUUGGUUUGUGGAUUUGUGGUUUGUGGAUUUGUCACAGGUUCGUCGAAUUUGAUCGCGAUACUUCGUUUUUUGUAACAAUUUGUUGAGGUAUUUGUCGCGCUGUGGCGUGGAAAGUAGGGAUGAAUCAUAUAACGGGUGCAUUUACGUGAGCGUGAUUGGAUUGGAUAUUUCAUGAAAAGUUAACGAAGAUACUAUGGAUUUGAAAUCUGGGAUGGGAAAACCCUGUGCUUAUGCUCCCCUUGAUGGGGUUUAAAUAUCUCAUGACAUGGGUUCUCACUUCUCAUCAAAAUCGUACCUUUAGCUCGGUUUUCCUUGAAUAGGAGUGUUUGAGGCUUGAUCCUUAAUCUUUUACUUUGUGGGUUAUUAUCUAGUAUUCGGAGAGAAUGGAGGAAGGGAGCAGCUCUUGGGUGACGAGGGCGAAGUUUACUCAUUCCGUUCUUAGAUCGAACUCCAGUAGAGCGCCGUCGAUUCAAUUCCCUGUCCUUUCCGAUGCCGAUGCUGAUGCCGGUUCGACCCAGAAGAGCUCUAUUCCUGAAUCGAAACUGAAGGGUUCAAAUUCGGAAUUAAGAGCGAAGAGCCCAGUGUCGGAAUCGAAGGUGAAGAACGUGCCUGCAGUCCCCAGAUCUAAGCCCUCGAAGGAAUCCAAGCCGGCGAAGAUGAGCAAGGGACCUUCUCAGGAAGCUCCACCGAAGAGGCCUAAUUUGGAUAGUCCCGAAUCUUCGGACCUCAAAUCGCAGGACACAAGGUCGGUAUCUUCCGACUUCUCUUUCUAUCCCGAUAAAGGAGUGAAUGCACAAACUGCCGGUGCUACGUUGGUUUCUGUCUACCCUUCAUGGACGAGGUCGAUUCCCACAUCUCAUGAAUCGGUUGCGUCGACUAAGAGCAGAGAACGGGACUCGAAACCGAGGCGGAGGAAAGCAUCCAAUAAGACCCGCAAUAAGACCCCCAACUCGAGCCCUCUUCAGCAUUUGUCUUCACUAAAGGCCUCUGAGAAGUCGAGUAGUAAAAAGGACACUACUUGGGCAAGGUACUUUGAUCAUGGGGGUGGGAGAGUUGCUGCCUUGGAGACCGCCGAGAAUUGGACGGUCGAUCUUUCGAAGCUGUACCUCGGACUUAGGUUCGCGUCGGGAGCUCAUAGUCGCAUAUAUAAGGAUCGGCCCGUCGCCGUGAAGAUUAUUAGGCAGCCUGAUGAUGACGAAGACAGAGAAAUGGCGGCUCGGCUCGAGAAGCAGUUCACGAGAGAAGUCACUCUUCUCUCUCAUCUCUAUCAUCGCAACGUCAUUAAGCUGGAAGGGGCUUGCAAGAAUCCGCCAGUCUUUUGCAUAGUUACCGAGUAUCUUUCUGGUGGUUCUUUAAGAGCAUUUCUUCACAAGCUACAGCACAAAUCACUUCCUCUCGAGAAGCUGAUUGCGAUCGCCUUGGAUAUUGCGCGUGGUAUGGAGUACAUUCACUCGCAAGGGGUUAUCCACCGCGACUUGAAGCCCGAGAAUAUUCUUUUCGAUCAGGACUUAUGUGUGAAAAUUGCCGAUUUCGGAAUCGCUUGCGAGGAAGCGUAUUGUGAUAGACUAGCGAAGGACCCUGGUACCUAUAGGUGGAUGGCGCCCGAAAUGAUUAAGCACAAGCAGUAUGGGCGAAAAGUUGAUGUUUAUAGCUUUGGGCUGCUUCUGUGGGAGAUGGUUGCCGGCACGAUUCCGUAUGAGGAGAUGAAUCCCAUUCAAGCGGCUUUUGCGGUUGUUGAUAAGAACUUGAGGCCUGAAAUUCCUGCGGAGUGUCCUGCACCGUUACAAGCCCUAAUCGAGCAAUGUUGGGCAUUGCAUCCGGAAAAGAGGCCUGAGUUUUGGCAGAUAGUGAAGAUUCUGGAACAGUUUGAGUCGGCUCUUGCGCGAGACGGAACAAUCAACCAGCUUCAGACAUCGAGUUGCCAGGACCACAAGAAAUGGCUCUUUCACUGGAUCCAAAAGCUUAAACCCGGGCAUACGGAUGGCUCGGGGAAUCCGCUACCCAAGCUAGUGUAAUUUUUCCCACUUCUUUGUCUUCCAAACCGUGUUAAUUCUCGCGGCCAUGUAAUUAUCAUCUAUUCUUCACUUCUGAGCCUAUAAACACUAGAUUUAUAUCAUUUUUUUUAAAAAUUUUCGGACCCCUGUGUGUGUAUAUCCAUAAGCAUGUUUGUCCGAAUGUUAUACGAAAUUUUGGUUGUUUUUUCA